GCAGAGCAGAGCUGAGCAAGUCUCCUCUCUCACCCUUUCUUAUUACCAUAUAACUCCACAUUUUAUGCCCUCUUUCCCGCUUUCAUUCUUUUCACCUUUUUCUUCUCUGACUUCCUUUCUUGUUACUCCAUCGCCGGCCGCCGCUCAUGUCUUCUUCUAACCCUCCAACAACUCCAAGCGCCGCCGCCGCCUACGCGUCUUCUCCGCCGGCAUUGCACAACUCCCAGAACACCACUUUCGUCCAGGCCGACCCCUCCAACUUCCGGGCAGUGGUUCAACGCCUCACCGGCGCCGCGCAAGACCCGGCCGCGCAGAAGCUCCCCGUCACCGCGCCGCCGCGUUUCGCCGGCGAGAUGGGCCCACGCCGCCCGGCCUUUAAGCUCCACGAGAGGAGGCAAGCCGCCAGGAAACUGGAGAUCAGUCUCAACCACCACGGCGGCCCUUCGGUUAUGGCGAGCCGGCCAAAGUCUCCGAUGGUUAUGGCGUCGCCGGUUUCGCCUCUGGAAAUGCUGGGACGUGGGACCCCAAGAACGCCAAAGUCUCCGAUGGAAGAAGAAGAGAGAGCCAUUGCAGAAAAAGGAUUCUACUUGCAUCCGAGUCCACUCAGUACACCCAGAAACGGCCGUUCUGACCCGCCGGAGCUCUUGCCUCUGUUCCCUCUCCAUUCACCUAGGGAUCAUCAUUAUUAGUUUAUAUCUUUCUCUCAUCUCUUCUACCUUAAUUAAUAUUCCCUUCCCAAAUAGUAUAAUUAAGUACAUACAGAUCAGAUAUUCUAAUCACUCAUCUUUCUCGUCAAUUCUAAUCCGCCUCUGCUUAGCCAUUUGUUCAUGUCUUAAUGGAAUGCUAAAUUAUUUAUGUUUUUUAGAGAAUUAAUGCUGUUGCUUUCUUAUUA